AUGACAACACGGUCCACAGAGAAAAUGGCCAUUUUGCUGACUGAUGGGACGGGUAAAACAUCCGUCCGUGUGGCUCGCUUCCUCCAGAAUGCGAAUGUUCCAUUUCUGCUGGCCUCGCGACGCGGUGCAGCAGCGGCACCACCAGGUAUGCCAGCGGUGACCUUCGACUGGCUCGACAAAUCAACCUGGGAGCAACCAUUUCGGUAUCAGUUUGUGGAAGGCGAAAAAAUAUCGGCGAUCUAUCUCAUGGAGCCGUUGGUGCCUGAGCCAUGGAAGCCCUUGGUUGAGUUCAUCGAGUACGCGCGCGGGAACCACGCAGUUGCGAGGUAUGUUUUGGUCGCCGGUACCUCUGCUGAGCCAGGCAAGCCCGGCAUGGGCAUGGUCUGGCAGCAUUUUCUCAAUAACAAGAUCGAUUACUGCGUCCUGCGCCCAAAGAACCUCUCAGAAGAGGCCCCAUGUGCAGUGAUUCGCGAUCAGAGCAAGAUCUAUACAGCCUGCGGCGACGGCAAGAUCCCUUUCAUCAGUGCCAUUGACAUUGCGGCAGUCGCUUUUCGAGCCCUGACAGAUCCUCACUCACACAAUUGUGAUCACCGCAUUCUGGGACCGGAGCUUCUCACUUAUGAUCAGAUAGCCGACAAGCUGACUGUGCUCUUGGGCGGACGGAUCGAACAUGUCAAGAUGACAGGAGACGAGCGGUACGAAGCGUUGAUCAAAGCUGGUGUCUCAGACUACUAUGCCUGGUUCCUGAGUAACCUCGAAACCGCGGCGUCCACUGGCUUUGAGACCGGGACGAGCAACACAGUGGAAAGGGUCACUGGGCGACCUGCAAGAAGUUUUGUUUGGGAGGGAGGAGUUUGUUGA